AACGCUCAGUCUAAGCCGAGCAAAACCAACCGGACAGUUUAUAGCGGCGCACUCGAGCAGCCUCCAUGACAGCUAACAGUCGACUACAACACCAAGUUGAUGUUGACCUCACUGUCCACGAUUAUGUCCCAUGGCUUCAAGAGCAGCAAGCAGGACUUUAACUUCGGACCGUGGAGGGUGACUGCUGCCAGAAACCACAUCAUGAAAUCCAAAGACAUUGAACGGUUAGCAGAGGAGAUUAACAUGCCCUCUCUUCCGGAGAUGCUGUUUGGGGACAACGUGCUGCGCAUCCAGCACACGGACGGCUACGGCAUCGAGUUCAACGCCAUCGAUGCCCUGAGGAGAGUCAACAACAUGGAGGAUGCUGUCAAGGUGGCCUGUGCGCAGGAGUGGCAGGAGAGCAGAGCUGAUUCCGAACACUCCAAAGAGGUGGUGAGACCGUAUGACUGGACAUACACCACCGACUACAGAGGCACCCUCAUAGGAGAAAGCCUGCAGAUGAAGGCGACCAAGACGGAGGAACGGAUCGACAUGGAGAAGCUGAAGGCCCGGGAACAGAUCAUGUUCUUCGACGAGGUGCUGCUGUUCGAGGACGAGCUGCAUGACCACGGCGUCUCGAUGAUCAGCGCCAAAAUUAGGGUGAUGCCCACCAGUUUCUUCUUGUUGCUGCGCUUCUUCCUCCGAGUGGACGGAGUGCUGAUUCGAAUAAACGACACACGACUGUAUCACGAGGCCGGAAAGGACUUCAUGCUGCGAGAGUUCAGCACCAGGGAAAGCAAAGUAGCAGAGCUGAAGAAUGUUCCCGCCGCACUGUACACGGAUCCUAAUGAGAUCGCCCAGCACUUAACCCUGAAACUGACCGAGAGCGAGAGGCUGGAGCUUCCUGCCAUGCAGCCUCAGACGACUGUCAACGACAUCCACCAGUGACCGCCGCGCUCACAUCCACGUGUUUCAUGAUGGGGGGAAAAAAAGGGAACCAUACUAUUAAACCACAUUAAAUCACAACAACAUAACAAACAUUGAUUUGCCCCCUUCAAAAUAUCUGUACAGGAUUAGUUUUUAUAUGUGACCACUAAAAUGAUGUGUUCUUAAAACUUCCUCGACAGUGUCCAUGUGUUCCCGGUGCAGUUCGACGCGGCGUACCAUCAGAGAGACGUAGCCCCAGUUAAAUACUUCGGAAUAGCUUCUGGCUCCGUUCAUAUUUGAACUGAUUUUGUUUUAUGAGGCUUUCUUAUUUUUUUCAACGUGAAAGGCUCCGUAGGGUAGCUCGGUCCAUGCUUGUAAUAUUAGUGUAUCGAUAAUGUGUUUGUAAAAAAAAAAAAAAAAAAAAAAAAAAUUACACUGAACAGCACUGUAUUUUCUGAAGUCAAACGUCAUCAAAACAUGUCUGUAAAUAUGUCUGGUUUAUUUUCUACGGUGACUUAUGGAAGGUAAAAGAACUCCUCCAGAAUCUGUGUGAUUAUGUCUUCAAUAUGGCCAAAUAAAUUCUGUUUGUGCAAAUGUA